AUGGCAAAUGAAAUAGCUGUUCCUCCUCCCGUCUUAUGGGCACAACGCAAGGAAGACGUUUUUCUCACAUUUAGCGUUGAAUCGAAAGACCCGAAUAUAAAAAUAGAAAAAGAUUCAGUUUAUUUUAAAGGGGUGAGUGCUCCGGACAACAAAAAUUAUGAAGUAACCAUACUCUUAUACGAUGCGGUCGUUCCGGAGGUUAGCGGUUUUGUUAAUAAGGGCCGGUGCAUAGAAAUGAUUUUACGUAAAGAAAAGAAGGAUGCCCCAUACUGGCCGAACUUAACGAAGGAUAAGAAGAAGCCUCAUUACCUGAAGAUAGACUUUAACAAAUGGAAAGACGAGGAUGAUGAGGACGAAGGCGCUGGUGGUGGUGGUGGUGGUGACUAUGAUAUUGAAUCUAUGCUGCGUUCGAUGGGAGGCAACUAUGGUAGCGGUGAAAAUGCAGAGAAACCUUCGUUUGAUGACUUAGAAAGUGAUUCAGACGACGAAAACCUGCCAGAUUUGGAGUAA